AUGAAAUUAAAAUAAGGAAUUGUUUUCAUAGAUUGUUAAUUGAAAUCUAAAGUAUAUUAAGUAGAAGGCUAUGCUAUUUCUAACUUUAUUAAAAAUAAUGGCUAUAAAUUAAUCUAUUUUAAACAACUUGAAAAGGCUUAACAAUUUCAAAAAUAAAUUCAAUAAUUAUCAUAAUUGAAUUAAGUUGAUGCUUUAUAUUAAAGUAUGUUGGAUGAUAUCACUUUUAUAUCAGUGAAAGGGUAUCAAAUCUCUAUAAUUACUUAGUGAAAACUCUGGUUCAAUUAAAGUUUUUGAUGUUAGAAAUUAAUAAUAUAAUAUUCAAUAGGAAAAGACCCAAUAUGUAGAAAAUACAACAAUAUAAAAUAGUUAACUUAAUGAAGAAUUGAAAGUCAAACAAUAGGAUUCUUAUGGUAUAUUAGAUGAAAUUUAAUAAAAAACAAAUAAGACAAAAAUUAGUAGAUAGAGAUUAAUAAUACUAGAUAAAUUAGAUUAAUAAUUUGAGAAUCUUUUAAUUCAUUAUCCAAAGAAUAUAGAAACUAUACCUAUAUAAACAGAAAAUCUUUAUAGUUUAUAUUUUAAUGGUGCUAGUAAAUCUAAUCCUGGCCCAGCUGGUGCUGGAGUAGCAUUAUUUGAUAAAAUGAAAUAAAUUAAAGAAAUAAGUUAACCUUUGGGAAAGUAAACAAAUAAUUCAGCUGAGUUUUUUGCAUUAUUUAUAGGAAUUAGAUAUGCUUUAAAUUUAGGAAUUAAUCAUUUAGAAUGUUUUGGAGAUAGUAAAGUAUUAAUAUCAUUUAUUAUUAGCUUGUAAUUGAUGGUAUGAAUAAUAAGAUAAAUUUUUAACAACCACAUUUAGGACAUUUUCAAUAGGCUAUCAGUAAUUAUACAAAAUUGUUUAAGAUGGUGAAAUUUAUACAUAUACUAAGAAACUAAAAUGAAAUUGCUGAUAGAUUAGCUUCAAAUGCUGCCAAAUAACAAAAAAAUAUUGAGUAGUGAG